GAAUCAAGCCAGGGCAUCACGAAGCCCGCGAUCCGCCGCCUGGCUCGCCGCGGCGGCGUCAAGCGCAUCAGCGGCCUCAUCUACGAGGAGACCCGCGGUGUCCUCAAGGUCUUCCUCGAGAACGUCAUCCGCGACUCCGUCACGUACACGGAGCACGCCCGCCGCAAGACGGUCACGGCCAUGGACGUCGUCUACGCGCUCAAGCGCCAGGGCCGCACGCUCUACGGCUUCGGCGGGUAA